AUGUCAGGAAGUAUUAUUCAUGAAAAGCCGGCAUCACUUGGACCUGUUCGUCAAAACAGUGUAACCAAUGAUAAUUCUCCAUUAAAAUUAUUUACUCAUGCUAAAACAACAAUAACUGGAAUAUUUAAAAACAUUGCAUCAUAUGUUAAUGAUUCAAAUAAAUAUUUAGAUGACGUAAGCAAAUCUGAAAGAAAUUUAAUAACCGAUGAUAAACAUAAAGAUAUUCAACAAUUAAAAGACAGAGUCAUUCGUAUUCUAUCUGUUAUAUCACGUGAUCAUAUGAAAGUUGUCUUUUUUGGAAGAACAAGUAAUGGAAAAAGUACAACUGUAAAUGCAAUGUUACGCGAAAGAAUAUUACCAGUUGGUAUGGGACAUACAACAAAUUGUUUUCUUCAAAUUGAAGGAACCGAUAAAGCUGAACCAUAUGUUCUUACACCAGGAUCAGAUGAACCAAAGAGUGUUACUAGUUUGGGUAAUGUUGGCAGUGCUCUCUCAAGAGAAAAACUAGAUUCAGAUUCUCUUGUAAAAAUUUUAUGGCCAAAAGAAAAAUGUCGUCUUAUUCGAGAUGAUGUUAUUCUUGUUGAUAGUCCGGGCAUUGAUGUAUCAGCUAAUCUUGAUCAAUGGAUUGAAAAUCAUUGCUUAGAUGCUGAUGUAUUUGUACUUGUUAUAUCAGCUGAAGCAACAAUUACAGUUGCUGAGAAAAAAUUUUUACAUAAUGUUGCACAACGUUUAUCAAAUCCGAAUAUUUUUAUUUUAAUGAAUCGAUGGGAUGCGACUGCAAAUGAACCAGAUGAAGUUGAAUCUGUGAGACAGCAACAUCUUGAUCGAGGCUUGGAAUUUUUAUGUGACGAAUUACAUCUAUGCGAUCGAAAAGAAGCUUCCGAACAUCGAAUGUUUUUUAUUUCCGCACGUGAAGCUUUAUUAAGUCGAAAUAAAGAUCCAACAGCUUCACCAAGAACUGGUUUUAAUGAGGGAUAUAAAGAACGUCUCGAUGAAUUUACUAAAUUUGAACAUGAAUUCGAAGAAUGUAUUUCAAAAACUGCUGUUCAAACUAAAUUUGAACAACAUACAAAUCGAGGCAAAGAAAUUAUAGCUUUAUUACGUGACACAACAGCGAAUAUAGCUAAUAAAUCUCAAACAUUAAAACAAGAACUUGUUCAAAAAUUAACUGAAAUGGAUGAAAAAAAUACUUUACUUGAAAAUGAAUUACGUUCAAUGACUGAAUCGGCAAAAGAAAAAAUUCGACAUAUAACUGAAGAUGUUUAUAAAAGAGUUGCACAAACAUUGAAUGAUGAAAUUAAACGUCUUUAUACAUUAAUCGAAGAAUUCGAACGUCCAUUUUCGUCCGAUCCCGAACAAAUUCCACUUUAUAAACGAGAUUUACAUCGUUGGGUUGAAGAUCGACUUGGUUCUAAUUUACAAAAUCGCCUUAAUACAGCUUUAUAUUCAUCAUUAAGUAGUGUUCAUCGUGAAAUAAAAGAACGUGUUAAAUCCGUUUUAUCAAAUAAUGAACGUAAAAUGCUUGUUGAAUCAAUAGUACCUCGUUCAGAUUUUGCUGUUUCAUAUCGUUUGGAUUGUUCAAAUUUAUGUUCAGAUUUUCGUGAAGAUAUACAAUUUAAAUUUUCAUUAGGAUUUACAUGUUUAUGGCAACGUUUUGUUCAAAAUCAGAAAGAAUCUCUAACAGGACCAAAACCUAUAAAUGAAUUAACCUCACCAACAUCAUUACUUAAUUCAACAAAUGAUUUAUUAACAACAGCAAACAAUAUAUCAAUAUUAACAUCAAAAUCAGGUUUACUUGCAUUAGGUGCUGGUGCAUUAGUAUGGCGUAGUGUUGGUUGGAAAGUAUUAGGUAUUGUUGCUGGUAUUUAUGGUAGUUUAUAUUUAUAUGAACGUUUAAUGUGGACAAAAAAAGCCCAAGAACGUGCAUUUAAACGUCAAUAUGCUGAUUAUGCAUCGUCAAAAAUGAAAUUAAUUGUUGAUUUAACAUCAGGUAAUGCAAGUGCACAAGUACAACAAGAAUUAUCAAUGUAUUUUGCUCAAACAAUACGUUAUGUUGAUAAUGAAAAAGAUGAUUUAACAGAUAAUAUGAAACAAUUAAGAAAAGAAGUUGAUCAAUUAUUAAAAUAUAUUGAUAAAGGAAAAAAAUUACGAAAACAAGGAGAUGAUAUUGAUAAUGAAUUAAGGGAAUUUUCAAAACAAUAUUUAUCAUCAAAUUCAAUAAUAACAUAA